AUGUCGACAAAUUGUUAGAACAGUACGAGUAUGUCUUGUAUCCAUCGAGAUCAAUCAAAACCGACGGCAUCAAGGCCGUUUCAGUCACUUCUUUUGGCUUUGGCCAAAAAGGUGCCCAAGCCGUGGUUAUCCAUCCCGACUACUUGUACGCCGUUUUGGACAAAUCCACUUAUGAAGACUACGCAUGCAAGGUUAGUGCCAGAAACAAAAAGACCUACCGUUACAUGCACAAUGCAAUCACCAGAAACUCCUUGUUCAGGGCCAAGGAUAAGGCGCCAUACGCGGACGAGUUGGAACAACCAGUCUAUUUGGACCCAUUAGCAAGAGUUGAACAGCAGCAGAAAAAGAAAAACACCUUUGAGUUUUCUGCUAAAAACAUCCAAUCGAAAGCAUACGUUGGCGAAGUCGCUCGAAAAACCGCUGAAGCGUUAGCCAGCCUAAACAAGUCAUCCAAAGGCGUUGGUGUCGACGUCGAAUUGCUCUCUGCCAUCAACUUGGACAAUGAAACUUUCAUUGCAAGAAACUUCACACCAGAGGAGAUUGCCUACUGCCGGGGCUCGUCCAACCCACAAGCGUCCUUCACGGGCACAUGGUCGGCAAAAGAGGCUACAUUCAAAGCCUUGGGUGUACCUUCACAAGGCGGCGGCGCCAGCUUGAUCGACAUUGUCAUCUCAAGAGACGCAAACGGAGCUCCAAAGGUCAGCUUAACGGGCGACGCCAAAGCUGCAGCAAAGAAAGCAGGAGUCAAAAACGUAAAUGUUUCCAUUUCCCACGACGAUUACCAAGCCACUGCUGUUGCCUUGAGUGAAUUUUGA